UGGGUCCUGGAGCAGCAGCAGUCGCUUUUUAUUCAGCAUGAGAUGUUGUUGUGAAUGGACGUUGCUAGAGUGCUUUAUAUAAAUACGUUUUCAUUACUUUCGUUAAACUGAUAACAGUGUGCGAAUGGGUAAAACUCCUCGAGCAGGAUGUCCUCGAGUGAAGAUGGUUCGAUCUCUGCACGCAGCUCAUGGCAGUGCUCAUCACAGAAACAGCUGUCUGAUGUUCUCACAGCAACACAAGACAACAGUCCAAACGAUGACUGCACGUCUGAACACGACAGGUGUGAGCCUAUGUGUCUGGAGAGAGCAGAGGAGGGCUCUCCAUGUGUGGUCAGACUUCUGUGCUCACCUCACUCUGCGUCUGUGAUCAGACGUCUUCAGGUUGUCAGUGAAGCCCGCACUAUUGAAGUGUACUCUCUGUCUGGAGAAUACUGUGGCACCUGCCGUGGAGAGGAAGUUCAAAAAUCACACACUGAUUGCUCUGAAGAUAAGAGGCAUUUCUACAAGAAUCAUCUUUUGCUAGAAAAGCCUGUUGCAUCCUGUGAGGUGAAGCUGCUCUCUCUCGGUGGCCGCUCGUCUGUGGCUAUCGCCCAUGUCGGUGUGGGACUGGAGACAUCCAAGGACAGACAAGGUGGGCCGAGUGUAGACCCAGGCAUAGACCUGCAGCGUGUGCAGACUAUGAUGGAGGAGAUGGGCACCACCCUUUCACCAGGAGCACAGAACCUCAUGGAGCUGGUGCAGUGCCAGCAAAAGAAUAAAUCAGACAUGCUCAGUGGAUUCAUUCCUCUGCUCAUGGGGGGAGGGGCUUUGAGCUGUCUGUCAAGAGGAGGUGGGGCUUCCAGUUCUGCAGGAGUGGAGUCAGGCCCAAAUCCACCAUCUGGCCUCGUGCAGCUUCUGUCUAGCAGCAAUCAUAACCAGAUACCCAGUGCCAUGUCUGCCCUGCUGAGCACCGACACAGGCACGAUCAACCCAGACCUGCUUCCAAUGCUGCAGAGCGUAUGCGGUCAGGUCACGCAGCUCCGACUGGAGGAAGCCACAUCUCCAGAGAGGAAGAAGAAUGGAGAAUGGGAGGGUCAUAUAUGCUGUGGAGGGUUUGAGAAGAUUCUGGAGACCAUUGUAGAGAAGCGAAUGGAUGAGAUGGAGAGAAGAUUAAAGGAACAUCUGGAUUUGCGUCUGGAUGCUCUUCAGCAGAGACUGGAGAUCACACUUCAGCAGGCGCUCUCUCAUAAGCAGCACCAGUAAACAACAUCCACCAACACACAGGACUAACCUGAACACUUUUAGCAAGAUCUCCUCUCUGAGCUUUACUUCACUGACAACUGUAUUAUUCUGUAUAGUUACAUCUAAUUCAUGUCAUCCAUCCCUUUAUAAGAAAAAAUGGUUCUAAUAUUUUUGUUUUGCCAGCAAUCUCUUCUGCUUUGUAUGGAAGUGUUUUACAGUUUCUAGAGACUGUACUGACUUGGUUUAUGUGGUAAUUAACAGCUUGACAAGUCUGUUCACUUACAGUAUCAGAUGAGCUUCACAAAUCACCACUACUUGUGAAACUGUUCUUAAUAAUUUAAUAAAUUAUUUAAUCUGAAAGAUACUACAGACAACGGAUGUAAUGACAGUGUGAAGUAUUUUUCAUUGUUAACUGAAUUUGUGUUAAUGAUGUUCAUAUGUUUACUCUUCAUACUGGAGAACUAAGGACAAAAAAAAGAAAACAAUAUUAAAAUAAUGUUUAUACUAAAGAAUAAUAUGUAUCCAGUGAACUUGUCAUGUUUUUAUCCUAUCAAAUCUUGGUAUAUCACGUUGUGUGAUUUAUUGAAAGACUCUCCUCGCCCUAUAUGUUUUAACAUGAACAUACUGUGGUAAAAUGGCUUCCUGUUCUUGGCUGUGACAAUACAGUUUACUCAGGAUUUUAUCUCCUGGCAUGACUGUUUGAUAAUGGAAAACAUGGUAACUUUUGCUCAAUAUUCAAACAAGAUUAUAAAAAGGGACAUAAUUUCCAUAAAAUAUUCAAAGGACAAAGACCCAUGACUGGCGGAUCAAUGUGCUGUUUGUUUUCUCUCCAGUACAAUACAGUAGGAAGAAUCAUUUGUGUAAUGUCAUUUUAAAUAAACAGAAUGAGUGUGUGUGUAUAUAA